AUGUCUGAUACCGAGACCACCACCCACGAGAGGACUGCUACUGAUGAUGGCAAUGUGGGCAUUUCUGCGUCCUGGCUCUUCACAGAUAUUUCGGAUUCCCCAACUACUCUAGAGACUCAAAGAAGGCCCAGUGCCUCCAUCACCAUGUCCGAAGAUGAUUCCUCGUCUUCGCUUGCAAGCCGCAGAGUAUCUCCCACGACUAUGACCGACUCGGGCACUACUCGCACAGUUUCGAACUCCCAUCGCGUUACAAUCACCAACAAGAAGACCAUCUAUACCAGUGUGGGACCUCCCACACCCAGCGGCUUCCUGACUUCCGUGACUUCAGCCGGUACGGAUCAGUUGCCAUUCCCUACUGGAUCCCUUGAGGGCACAUCUGCCUCGUUGCCUACUGAGACGAACACCCCGGGUGCUUCCCUCGGUGAGAACAGCAGCAAAUCCGGAUCGCCUUCAAUCGGGCUUGUUGUUGGGGCUGUGAUCGGCGGUGUCGCUUUCCUAGGUCUCAUUGUCGGUGCUGUGAUUUACAUACGUCGUCGGAGGGCCAAGAACAUCGAGUUCCCCAACACUCCCUACUACCUGGAAGAAAAGGAGGAGAAGAGCUAUCUCAGCAGGAUAUUGUCACGCAAGAGCAUCCGCAGGAGUCCGGACCCCUUUGCGCCAUUUGGAGGCCGUAUCGACAGAGUAGACAACCACCUCCAGCCCCCCAGUGGCACUUUUGAAAUGGAUGGCGCUGACAAUGUUGUGCAUGAGCUUCCUGCCGUCACUUAUGACGACGGCAACGAAAAGGAGUCUCAGCCGGGAAGUCAUGUGGUAACCAAUUCAACUACUGGACGCACUGCCGUUUCUGGAUAUUCCGUUCAGACUACAUAUCCCACAGCAACUGGAAACUGCAUAGACCCUCGUGCCAAUCUCAACGCAACAUUGGAGGAUCGUCAACAAAAGCACUUUGUCAACCACUGGAAUCAAUAUCGAGCUCUAGGAGAAAGUGCGAAUCAACGUCAACAAGGAUGA